AUGGUGUGUUUAGAUUUUAGCCGAAGAUGGCCAAGUCGUGUGGGGUCGCGUGGGGAAGUUUCUGAAGCAGAAAAGCAGUCAGAUGAGGCGAAGGGGGGCCGAGGGUGCGCACCAGCCGCUGUAGAUUCUCGGGAUCCGAAAUGGUCCCCCGCUGCUGGCCAUGUGCUUCUGUUUUUUCUCUUCGUGGGACCCUUCACCUGCCUGGCGAGUUACAGCCGAGCCACGGAGCUGCUCUACAGCCUGAACGAGGGACUGCCAGCCGGGGUGCUUAUUGGCAGCCUGGCUGAGGACCUGCGGCUGGUGCCCAGGGCUGCGGGGAGAUCGGAGCCGCCGGCGCAGCCCCCGGAGCGCGCUGGUGCGCAGGGGAACCCGCCUCUCUCUUUCAGCCUAGCUUCCGGAGGGCUGAGUGGUCAGUAUGUGACACUGGACAACAGAUCUGGGGAGCUGCACACUUCUACGCAGGAGAUCGACAGAGAGGCCCUGUGUGUGGACGAGGGCGGAGCAGCUGCCUGGGGCGGCAGCAUUGCCAUCUCUUCUUCCCCUUCCUCUGAUUCUUGCCUUUUGCUCCUGGAUGUGCUGGUCCUGCCUCAAGAAUACUUCAGGUUCGUGAAGGUGAAAAUUGCCAUCAGAGACAUCAAUGACAAUGCCCCGCAGUUCCCUGUUUCCCAAAUCCUGGUGUGGGUUCCGGAAAAUGCACCUGUCAACACCCGGCUAGCCAUAGAGCACCCUGCUGUGGACCCCGAUGUAGGUAUCAAUGGGGUACAGACCUAUCGCUUACUGGACUACCAUGGCAUGUUUACCCUGGACGUGGAGGAGAAUGAGAACGGGGAGCGCACUCCUUACUUAAUUGUCAUGGGUGCAUUGGACAGGGAAAGCCAGGACCAGUAUAUUAGCAUCAUCAUAGCCGAGGAUGGUGGUUCUCCACCACUAUUGGGGAGUGCCACCCUGACCAUUGGCAUAAGUGACAUAAAUGACAAUUGUCCUCUCUUUGUAGAUUCACAAAUCAAUGUCACUGUCUAUGGGAAUGCUACAGUGGGCACCCCAAUUGCAGCUGUGCAAGCGGCAGAUAGAGAUUUGGGGACAAAUGCCCAGAUCACUUACACUUACAGCCAGAAAGUCCCACAAGAAUCCAGGGAGUUAUUCCAUCUGGAUGAAACGACUGGAGUCAUUACACUUUUCAGCAAGAUCGGAGGAAGUGUCUUACAAAUGCACAAGCUCACCAUCCUAGCCAAUGGGCCAGGCUGCAUCCCAGCUGUGAUCACCGCCCUGGUAUCCAUUAUCAAGGUCAUCUUCAGACCACCUGAAAUUGUCCCACGUUACAUAGCCAAUGAGAUCGAUGGUGUGGUUUAUCUGAAAGAACUGGAACCCGUGAACACCCCCAUUGCGUUCUUCACCAUCCGAGAUCCAGAAGGAAAAUACAAGAUUAACUGCUACCUGGAUGGUGAUGGGCCAUUUAGGUUAUCACCCUAUAAACCAUACAACAAUGAGUAUUUGCUAGAGACGACCAGACCUAUGGACUAUGAGGUACAACAAUUCUAUGAAAUAGCUGUUGUGGCCUGGAACUCAGAGGGAUUUCAUGUUAAAAGAAUCAUUAAAGUACAACUUUUAGAUGACAAUGAUAAUGCGCCCGUUUUCCUUCAGCCCUUGAUUGAACUAACCAUUGAAGAAAACAAUGCGCCCAAUGCCUUUUUGACUAAGCUCUAUGCCACCGAUGCUGAUAGUGGGGAGAGAGGCCAAGUUUCCUAUUUCCUGGGACCCGAUGCUCCAUCCUAUUUUUCUUUAGACAGUGUCACAGGAGUUCUGACCGUCUCAACUCAGUUGGACAGAGAAGAGAAAGAAAAAUACAGAUACACAGUCAGAGCUGUGGACUGUGGGAAGCCACCAAAAGAAUCAGUGGCCACUGUGGCUCUCACCGUCUUGGAUAAAAAUGACAACAGCCCUAGGUUCAUUAACAAGGAUUUCAGCUUUUUUGUGCCAGAAAACUUUCCAGGAUAUGGAGAAAUUGGCAUAAUAAGUGUCACCGAUGCGGACGCUGGGCGAAAUGGAUGGGUUGCCCUUUCAGUAGUGAACCAGAGUGACAUUUUUGUUAUCGAUACAGGAAAGGGCAUGUUGAGAGCUAAAGUGUCUUUGGACAGAGAGCAGCAAAGCUCCUAUACGUUAUGGGUUGAAGCUGUGGAUGGGGGUGAGCCUGCUCUUUCCUCUACCACAAAAAUCACUAUUCUCCUACUCGAUAUCAAUGACAACCCCCCUCUGGUUUUAUUUCCUCAGUCUAAUAUGUCUUAUCUGUUGGUACUGCCUUCCACUCUCCCUGGUUCCCCAGUUACAGAGGUCUAUGCUGUGGACAAAGACACAGGCAUGAAUGCUGUGAUAGCUUACAGCAUCAUAGGGAGGAGAGGCCCCAGACCUGAGUCCUUUAGGAUUGACCCCAAAACAGGCAAUAUCACAUUGGAAGAGGCAUUGGUACAGACAGAUUAUGGACUGCAUCGCUUACUGGUCAAAGUGAGUGACCAUGGUUAUCCUGAGCCUCUCCAUUCCACAGUCAUGGUGAAUCUAUUUGUCAAUGACACUGUCAGCAAUGAGAGCUAUAUUGAGAGUCUUCUAAGAAAAGAACCAGAAAUUAGUAUAGAAGAGAAGGAACCACAGAUCUCAAUAGAACCGACUCAUAGGAAGGUUGAGUCUGCAUCCUGUGUGCCCACCUUAGUAGCCCUGUCUGUCAUAAGCUUGGGUUCCAUCACACUCGUAACGGGGAUGGGUAUAUAUAUCUGCUUGAGGAAAGGGAAAAAACAUCACCAGGAAGACAAUUUGGAAGUACAGAUUCCACUGAAAGGAAAAAUCGACUUGCAUAUGAGAGAGAGGAAACCGAUGGAUAUUUCCAAUAUUUGAAAAUUCAUUGUGGAGUCACAGAGAAAUGUUCUAACUGACUUGAGACAGGUUUCAACACUUGAAUAUGAGUGUCUCUGGAAGUUCCAAUGAAGGACCACUAAUUUAUAACUUGUAAUAUGUUGUAAAUAGCUCUUUACAGGUUUUUAAACUCAAAUUCAGAGGUUAUACAAUGUGUACAGCAUUUUUAAAUGAAAAAGAGAUACUAACAGCUAUAAAAUUGUUAUUUAUAUAUAUAUAUAUAAAGUUUGGAACUGAUUUUCGGCUUUCAUACUUCAAGCAGAUUGGUAAAACCUGGGAAACAGGUAAGGAAAUGGUAUUUUUUGUUGUUGUUCUAAAAUUUCCUUUGACCACAAGAGGGCAUCAGGUGCUCCUUUGCAGGGAACUGUGAGGUAUUGUACAGGAUAGUCAUUGUACAUGAAAUUAAUGAGAGUAUAUUUUAAAUAUCUUGUUUCUAACACUAAAUGAAUAUGAAAUUAAAGUGAUUUGAAUGCUCCCCUAUUUAAAUACAUAAGAAAGAAAAAGGAAUACACUUAUCCACAGAAGGCCUAUUACCUCACAGGUAUAUCAUAAGUAGUUUGAAGGAGAAGGCUUUGAGCAAGUAUGUCUACAUUGCCAUGUGUUAUAAAAUUGACAUGCCGAAGUGUUUUACUACCUGUGUACACAAUUUGCUUUCUGUUUGCUUCACCAUUGCACUUGCUACAAUUACGGGGGGAGGGGGGAGUCUAUGUAUUCUUACAGAGAAUGUAACUAGAAAUUGUGCCCAAGAAAAACAGCUGGAAACAAAUAAAGACCUUGAUCCUUAGUUGCUUUAGUUUCUCCUUCAGUGUCCAUGAAGUUUUAGUGCAUUCUCAAUUUGUCAUUUCCACUUUGUACUUGGGGUAUAUUAGAUUAUUAUAUGAUUAAACUCAUCCAUUUCAUGAGAAAAGUAAAAGCCCUGUUAAAAUCAUUCUAGAAGCUAAUUACACUAACGGUUGUUUUAGUUGGGCAUUUUAUAUAGAAUUUAUAUUUCCUGUAUGUUGUUGUUUAGAUUUGUUGGCUAUAAUUUCUUUCUCUCCUCCCCCCCUACACACACACCCCAGCUUUGGAUUCAGUCCAGGAGUUUAUUUGUAAGCCCAGAAGUAAAUUCCUCUGAUAAUUUUGCUUUUACUGAGUUUAUUGAGUUUUCCUUUUCAGUAUAGCAAACUGGCUUCUCAGUGAUUAAUCAAUUUUACUUCUUUAUCUGAGCUGGAAUCUUAUUUUAUAUUAAAAGCUGUAGCAAAAUUAUUUGUGUAAACAAGGAAUGUAUUAGCUUAAGCUCAGUUAUUUUACU